CUUUUAAACGGUGGCUGUGUGUCUCUCUCGGGCAGUAGAUUAUGUGGAGGCGUGUGCGUGACAGCAAACUUCACAUCUCGCAUUUCGGGCUUUGAAUGCUUACAGAACAGCCUUUUGGAAAUUCAAUCUAAACUUUUUGAGAAGAUGGAUAACAAGGAGGAAUCAAACAGUUGUCCCUUCAGUGUCUUGACUUGGGAGCAGGUGAGCCGGCUCAAUGAAGUUCUGACUGAGGUCGUGCCCGUUCAUGGACGGGGGAACUUUCCUACUUUGGAGGUGCAGCUGAAUGAUAUUGUGGCUCGGGUGCGCUCCCGCCUUGAGCUCAGCGGCAUUAAGGUGAAGGACGUACGGCUUAAUGGCUCCACAGCCAGCCACGUGCUGGUGCAAGAUAUUGGCUGGAGCUACAAGGACCUGGACGUCAUCUUCAGGGUGGACUUGCCACACGAGGCUGAGUUCAAGCUCAUCAAGGAUGUUGUGCUCGGUACCCUGCUGGACUUCCUGCCUGAGGGUGUGAACAAAGAGAAAAUUACACCAAUGACCCUCAAAGAGGCCUACGUGCAGAAGCUAGUCAAAGUGAACACAGAGCAGGACCGCUGGAGCCUCAUCUCCCUCUCCAACAAUAAUGGCCGUAACGUGGAGCUGAAGUUUGUGGACUCAAUACGUCGGCAGUUUGAGUUCAGUGUCGACUCUUUUCAGAUUGUGCUGGACUCCAUGCUCUCCUUCUAUGAGGUGGAGCAGGCACCCAUGUCAGAGGCCUUUCACCCCACUGUUAGCGGGGAAAGCAUGUAUGGAGACUUCAACACUGCGCUGAGCCACCUGCGAAACAAGCUCAUUGCCACCAAGCGGCCUGAGGAGAUCCGAGGCGGUGGCCUGCUCAAGUACUGCAACCUGCUGGUGAGGGACUUCCUGCCUGCCAGCGAGGAGGAAUUCAAGGGCCUGGAGCGAUACAUGUGCUCACGCUUCUUCAUUGACUUUCCUGACAUAGGAGAGCAGCAGCGUAAGGUGGAAUCCUACCUCCAGAGCCACUUUGUUGGCGAGGAGAAGAGCAAGUACGACUACCUCAUGAUUCUCCGGCGAGUGGUUAACGAGAGCACGGUGUGCCUCAUGGGUCACGAGCGGCGGCAGACCCUCCACCUCAUCUCGCUGAUGGCCUUCCGAGUCCUGGCGGAGCAGAACGCGAUCCCCGACGCGUCCUGUGUCACCUGCUAUUACCAGCCAGCGCCUUACGUCCGGGACCACAACUUCAGCAACUACUAUGUGGCCAACCAGAACAUUCCAACAUGGCUGCCGUGUAACUGACGAGACAAACGACUUGGGAUGAGCAAGAUGGCGUCGUUACUGCUGCUGCUUUUGAGAAGAGAAGGAAUGAAUUAAAAAAAAAAAAAAAAAAAAAAAAAAAAAACAUAAAAAAAUGUUUGGCAAUAAAUAAUUUGUUCCUCUCAAGGCACAAUUAUAUUUAAUUGGACAAGCGUUUUGCUUUUGUUUUCUCAUUCCUUUACCGACAGAGGUGUCUAGGUCAUUGAAUAGAAAGUGAUAUUUUUAAGUGUUUCGAUUUUGUUUUUUUGUUUUUUUCUCUCCUCAUGUUUGGUUGUUUCACUGUUUAUCAAUCCCAUUCUUAAUGGAGUUGCAUUUUGUGCCUUAACCUCCAGGUUUACCCCAUCAGUAAUUUACGUAUGGGCUGUGAUUUGGAGAAAGGAAAGAGGAGCUAAUGCCGUAGCCUUACAUUUGGUUUUCAUCUUGAUUUAAAAAAGAAAAAAAAGAAAAGGGUUAGGAAAAAAAGUUGGAAAAAAUGCAUAAAAUAUUG